UCCUUCCUGGAGGAAAUGUUAGCCCACCUGAGAAAGGUGAAUGUGUUGAGUUCAGCUGAGGAGACCAAGAUCAAGGAAGCGGGCCGGCUACAGGACCAGGUUAAUAUGCUCACAACUACAGUCAGUGGCAAGGACACUCAAGGCUCUGAUGCCCUCCAGGGUUUCGUAGAGAGCUCAGAUUCUCAGGUGGCCCAGCUCAUCAUAAACCACGAUUACAUGGUGAAGGAGCACAAAGAGGUGCUUUUACGUCGAUAUGAGCAGUGCAGAGACAGAGAUUCAGUCAGCUGCCCCAAAUUGAACAUCUCGGCAAGAACCUUACUUCUGGUCGACGGACUUUCUGACAUCCAGCAAAAGGAGCAUGACCUGAUGCAAGUUGGGGCGACUCAAGGAGGGAAAAGAAAUCAUCUCAGACAGCUGGGGCUGGCCAAGCUUUUGGAGCCCCUGACGCGGGUCAGUUUGCCUCCCAGGGUCUCUCUCACAGUUGGAGUCGCCGGUAUUGGCAAGACCACCUGGGUCAGACACUUCAUCAGACAGUGGAGCCAAGGGGCCAUCUAUUCAGAUGUGAGCUUCGUCUUACCUUUUACCUUUUGUCAGCUGAACUCACUGGAGAAGCUUUCAGCUGAGAAAUUGGUAAAAAUGGCUUUUCCUCAUUUAACAGACCCCAAUCUGGUCUUGAGCAGCUCCUGUCGGACACUGCUCAUACUUGAUGGUUUGGAUGAAUUCCGCUGCACAUUAAAUUUUUCUGAUGCAGCACCCUGCAGUGACCCGAAGAAAGAAGUGUCCAUUGACGACUUAAUUACUAACAUCAUCCGGGGGAAUCUGCUGCCUGACGUAGCAGUGUGGGUGACUUCCAGGCCGGGAGUGGCCUCGCUCAUCCCAGGAGGACUGGUAGACAGGGUGACUGAGAUCCCAGGAUUCAGCCCAAAGGACAUCCAGAUCUUCCUAAACCACCACUUCUCCGAGAAGGAUUUCGCCAGCAAAAUAUGGGCACACUUGGAGUCCCAUAAGAUCUUAAUGGUGAUGUGCUACAUACCAUGCAUUUGCUGGAUAGUAGCUGAUACUCUCAUGUACAUCAUGCAGAGUGAAACACAGGAGAGCCUUCCAAGGACUUGCACUGAGCUUUACGCCCACUUCUGUUCCAUGAAGGCAGAAGUAGGCGAACCAAGAGGCAGGGAGCCUGUGAAAACGGAGCAGCUUCAUGGAAGCAAUCGUAAACUGCUGGGGAAUCUUGGACGACUGGCAUUUUAUGGGCUCCUCAAACACAAGUACACCUUCAGUGAGCAGGACCUCAGGGCCUAUGGGAUAGAUCUACUGUUAACUCAAGGCAGUCUUGGUGCAGGAAUUCUUGUUCGGGAGGAGUCAGCCAUAUACACAACCUAUCGGUUCACACAUCUGACUCUGCAGGAGUUUCUUGCAGCUACUUUCUACCAUAUCUCCUCCAAGCGAGCCAUCUUUGACUUGUUCUCAGAGAGCACCAUGUCCUGGCCUAAGAUCGGUUUCCAGAAUCACUUCAGAAGUGCCUUUCAGCAUGCACAACAGGCUGAAGAAGGUCAUUUGGAUGUGUUUGUGCGCUUCCUGACAGGCCUGCUGUGCCCAGUGGCACUGAAACCUCUCGCUGGGCUUUUGGCCCUUGGGAAAGAUGAUGGAAAUCAGAAGGGCUGGGCAGCAGGAUUUUUACAAGGCCUCUUGGACAGCGGGGGUGCUGUGGUGUCCCUGCGUGCAGUCAACCUGGCUUAUUGUUUACAAGAACUGCAACACACAGAGCUGUUGAGGAAUGUAGAGGAUGAUUUACGGCUUGGUAGUCUGGCAGGGAAGUUAAGUCGGGCUCAUUGUGUUGUGCUGGGCUACCUGCUGCAUGUGUCUCCAGAGUGCAGCGAACAGACCAACCUUACAGGCUCUCUGAACUACGCCACAGUGAAAUGUUUGCUCCCACAGUUGCUGUACUGCAGCCAUCUCAGGUUGGAGAAUAAUCACUUCAAAGAUGAUGUCAUGGAAUUGCUGGGAAGCCUCCUGAGCGCCAAAGACUGCCAUAUUCAGAAGAUAAGUUUGGCAGAAAACGCCAUCAGCAACAAAGGAGCCAAAGCACUGAGCCGAGCCCUGUUGGUGAACCGGACACUAAUUUCUCUCAAUCUCCGGAACAACAAUAUCGGCUCCAAAGGUGCAAAGUUCCUGGCAGAAGCUCUGAAAAUGAACCAAGUCCUGGUAUCGAUCAACUUCCAGAACAAUGCCAUUGAGGAGGAAGGAGCUCAGGCCCUUGCAGAAGUAUUGCAGUGCAACCGCAAAUUGGUGUCGCUGAAUGUACGGAAGAAUACAAUUGGAGCAGGUGGAGCCAAGAGGAUUGCGAAUGCACUGAAGACAAACCGGACUCUCACAAAGCUGAUCCUUUGUAGCAACCAGCUUGGGGACAAAGGAACAGUGGCCCUGGCAGAGGCUUUGACACUCAACCACACUCUGCUCUCGCUUCAACUUCAGAGUAACUCGAUCAGCAACAGGGGGAUGACUGCCUUAACCAAAGCACUCAGGCUGAACCGUGGCCUUGUCUCCUUAAAUUUAAGGGAGAACUCCAUCGGGGUGGAGGGAGCAAAGAACAUGGCCCAUGCCCUCCAUGAGAACAACUCUCUACAGGACCUGGAUCUCACAGCCAACCUCUUGCAUGAUGAUGGUGUUCAGGCUAUAGCUGGCGCAAUCAAGUUUAAUCAAGGCCUCACCUCUCUGCAUCUCCAGUGGAACUUCAUCAAGUCCUCCGCCACUAAAGCUCUGGCCCAUGCUCUGCUCUCCAACAGCACAAUGCAGCUCUUGGAUCUACAGGAGAACGCUAUUGGGAAUGAAGGCGUCAUUUUUCUAGCAGAAGCCCUGAAAACCAACGCGUCUCUUCGUACAUUGUGUCUCCAGGGGGUCUCAGCAGGCACAAAAGGCGCCAUUGCCAUGGCAGAGGCUCUAUUGACCAACCAAACCCUGCAAACAUUAGAUCUACGUGGGAACACCGUGGGGAUGGAGGGAGCGAAAGCUCUGGCUAAUGCACUGAAAAGCAACAGAAGCCUCAAGUCAUUGAAUCUGCAGGAGAACUCUCUGGGUAUGGAUGGAGCCAUAUUCAUUGCAACAGCCUUGAAGGGAAACCAUCAACUGACAUACAUCAAUUUGCAGGGAAACGGCAUCGGCGAAUCUGGAGCAAAGGUCAUAUCUGAUGCCAUAAGAGCCAACGCCCCGGGCUGUGUGGUGGAUAUCUGACCAAGAAAAGAGCAGCUUUUAUGGAAAAAGGUCAUACAGCACAUGUAGCUAAGAAAUAACAGUAGGCUAUGUUAUCAGAAGUAGAUGUAAAAUAUGUAAAUUUGGUUAUUUUUGGUAUUUUAACAUUGACAUUUUUAUAUUUAUUAUGACAAUUAAGAGUUACUUUGUCUUGAAGAGGCAAUUGCCACAACUGAUAGAAAAAAGACUUGACGUGCAUGAAGAUAUUUAGAGUUGCAACAUAUUAUGUAAAAUACACUCAGCAUCCUAAGAUAGAAUGAAGCUACUUCCUUCCUUAUUUGUCAUAGUUAAGAUGUUAUUCUGUACAUUUGCUCUAUUUGCACAAGUGAAUAAAUAAAAUGGACCUUGCCAUUCA